CCAAACUCCUCUUGGCCGGCAUGGCGUCUCCCAAACCUCCUCCUAAUUAUCCCAUCUGAUCGGAAACUAUAAAAGCAUCGAUCGCAUGCCUCGAUUGAGCAUCCCCGCUUACCAGGACAUAAUACUAUCUACCAUCAUCAAGCCAUAAACCUCACUGACCGUACUAGCUAGUAGCUACGUAGCACAGAAAUCCAGCAACAAUGGCUCUAUCUGCUGCCUGGAGAAGGAAGAACAUCACGAUCGAAGCCGCCGUCCAGAGCGGCCGGUACUUCGUCCUCGCCGGAACUGGCGACGGCGGGAGGACCCCGAAGGGGUACGUUCCGAUAGUGCUGGUCGGCGACGGAGACGGCGAGGUGGGACGCGUCGGCGAGGAGGAGAGGGUCCUGGUGCACGUCGCGACGCUCAAGGAGCCCUGCAUGGAGGGGCUGCUGGAGAUGGCCGCGCAGCAGUUCGGGUGCGGCCAGCAGGGCGUGCUCAGGAUCCCCUGCGACGCACGGCAGUUCCACCAGAUGAUGGUUAGCGUACACAGCAAAUCCAGAUAAACUAUGAUCUGCUUAGUUGCACUUGCAUCAGAAAUUCGGAACGUUUCUCUCGGUUUCCUGGUUUUGUGUCCGGUGAUAUAUAUAGAUAGAUAUGAAUAUAUGUAUGUGGCUACUGGCUAGCCAGGGCCCAGCUCAAUUCGUUGGUGAAAAUGAGUACUGAAUGUUAAGGAUUUACCCUU